UGGAAACUGAAUUUAAACAGCUGUGCUGCGUCCGUUUACGAGACUUAAACGUUUUGAUCUCUGAGGUUUUGAGAUCGUAAUUCAUUCAAGACAAAUAACUUGUUUUUGGAUUUUUUCCCACUAAUAAGCCAAGCUUCGUCUUGAACAAAAUUUCUUUGAAGAAGACUGCGUUUCUGUGGAUGGAUAAUUUGGUAUCGAUGGUGACUGAGCUCAGGUCAAACUGGUUGUGAAGGUGCUGGACUUGUUCCCCCCUGUGCCCCAGGCCACACACAGCAUGGCGGCGGGAGUAGCAGCAUGGCUUCCCUUUGCCCGGGCAGCGGCCAUUGGCUGGAUGCCUGUGGCCAACCUGCCCAUGCCAGUGGCACCCGCUGAGAAGAACAAGCGACAGGAUGAGCUCAUUGUGCUCAAUGUGAGCGGCCGGCGCUUCCAGACCUGGAAGAACACAUUGGACCGGUACCCUGACACUUUGCUGGGCAGCUCCGAGAAGGAGUUCUUCUACAAUGAGGAAACCAAAGAGUAUUUCUUUGACAGGGACCCAGAUGUGUUUCGUUGCGUCCUCAACUUCUACCGCACUGGUAAACUCCACUACCCUCGAUAUGAGUGUAUCUCGUCCUAUGAUGAGGAACUGGCCUUUUUUGGCAUUGUCCCAGAGAUCAUCGGAGACUGCUGCUAUGAAGAGUAUAAGGACAGGAAGAGGGAGAAUGCUGAGCGCCUCAUGGAUGACCAGGAGGACAACAAGGAUGCCAAGCUUCCCAACAUGACGUUCAGAGAGACUAUGUGGCGAGCCUUUGAGAACCCCCACACCUCCACCAUGGCCCUGGUCUUCUACUAUGUCACAGGCUUCUUCAUCGCAGUGUCGGUCAUAACAAAUGUGGUGGAAACUGUUCCCUGUGGGUCUGCCCCCAACCAGAAAGAAGUGCCAUGUGGUGAGCGCUACACAGUGGCCUUUUUCUGCAUGGACACGGCCUGUGUUAUGAUCUUUACAGUGGAGUACUUGAUGCGCUUGUUCGCAGCCCCCAGUCGGUAUCGCUUCAUGCGCUCUGUAAUGAGUAUCAUUGAUGUGGUGGCCAUAUUGCCCUACUACAUUGGCCUGGUCAUGACUGACAAUGAAGAUGUGAGUGGUGCGUUUGUGACACUCCGAGUUUUCCGCGUGUUUCGUAUCUUUAAGUUCUCACGACACUCGCAGGGCCUGCGGAUCCUGGGUUACACUCUGAAGAGCUGUGCCUCAGAGCUCGGCUUCCUGCUCUUCUCUCUUACAAUGGCCAUAAUUAUCUUUGCAACCGUCAUGUUCUACGCUGAAAAGGGUUCAAGCUCCAGCAAAUUCACCAGCAUCCCAGCCUCCUUCUGGUACACCAUCGUUACUAUGACAACACUCGGGUAUGGAGACAUGGUUCCCAAGACAAUCGCGGGGAAGAUAUUUGGCUCGAUUUGCUCUUUGAGUGGGGUGCUGGUAAUUGCCCUGCCUGUCCCUGUCAUCGUGUCCAAUUUUAGCCGUAUCUACCACCAAAACCAGAGAGCAGACAAGCGGCGGGCGCAGAAGGUACAGAAAGCGCGUUUGGCCAGGAUACGAAUCACCAAGACAGGGAGCUCGGGUCCCUUCAUCCAUGGCAAACGUAACGGCCUGUUCAAUGAAGCCCUGGACCUGACGCAUAUCCCAUACAAGAUCAACCUAUCAGAUCAGGGGUCCAAUGAGGAGGAGCAGCGCCUGAGCAAAUCUACCUCCCUAAUAGAGAGCCAGCACCACCACCUGCUGCACUGUCUAGAGAAGACCACAAACCAUGAGUUUGUAGAUGAGCAGUAUUAUCAGCAGAGCUACCUGGAGGCGGGGCUACAGAAUUACCCCUCUCGAAGCCCCUCCCUCUCAAGCCAAGAUGGUGUCACAGGCACAUGCUGUACCCGUCGAAGCAAGAAACGCCAUACACCUCUACCUAACGCCAGUGGGCCCGCGCACAUGCAGCCUCUGUCCCACACACACACACAGGGGCUGCAGGAGCUCAGCACCAUCCAUAUUCAGCCCCUCAGUACCAGUCGGUCCAGUCUGAACAUGCGUGUGGAUGAGCAGGCAGCUCUGAACUGCCAGGGCAGUCAGAUCAUCACAGCCAUCAUCAGCAUCCCCACGCCACCGGUGACCACUCCUGAGGGCGAUGCGCACCUACCCACAGGCCCCACCCACCAAAAUGUUGUCAAGGUGUCGGCACUGUGAAGACUAAAGUGGAGCAAAGUCAUGGCUAAAGACAGACAGGACUGUAUAGGAUAGAGAAGGAGGACCAAGGAUGACUAGUGCAUUCAUGUUGGUGGAGCCCGCCCUCUGCUGGUCAUGUACUGUAACAGCACAGACUCUGUACAGAUUGAGGAUGGCUUUUAGAUACAGUAUAUCUGUGAUUUAGCGGUCAUUGUGAGUGAUUGUGAGCGCGAGUGUGACAGAGAACAGACGUGUUGACCAUCCUGGAGUAUUCUAUGUGUCACUGUGCACAAAGCACCUUUUAUGAUUUUCACUGGCGUGGCUAUACAGUAGGUAUUUUCAGCGGGGGAA